AAACUCAAACUCAAACUCGAAGACCCGAAAAGUGAGAGCAGAGAAAAGUUUUUGAGAAAGAGAAUGGGGAGAAAGAAGGGAGUAGAGUUCGAUGAGUCGCCGCCGGAUGACUUCGAUGCGGAGAAUCCGUACAAGGACCCAGUGGCCAUGCUGGAGAUGAGGGAGCACAUCGUCAGGGAGAAGUGGAUCGAUAUCGAGAAAGCAAAGAUUAUCAGAGAAAAGCUAAAAUGGUGUUACCGCGUCGAAGGCAUCAAUCACCUCCAGAAGUGUCGCCAUCUCGUCCAACAGUACCUUGACUCCACCCGCGGCAUCGGCUGGGGCAAGGACGGCCGUCAUCCCGCUCAACACGGUCCCAAGGUUGUGGCAGAGGCAGAGGAGGUUGAGUGAUUUUCAAUGUUGUUCAGAUUGUUAUUUUUAAGCAGGCGACUAAUUUGGUCUGAAGAUAAAUGGGCAAAGCGGAGAACAGUUGGGUUUUAACUACAUUGCCCAAUGGUUUCAUUGUGGCUCUCUUUGUUUUAUUUUUAUGGAGACUCCAUCAUCCACAGUGUUUUUUUUUUGUCUUGUAAUGUGCAGACUGGCAGUAUUUUGUUCUAGAUUUUCUUGCACCAAUUACUGCCAAAUAUUUGGACAGGACCGUGAAUCAAAUUUCAUCACAUCACAUCAAUAAAUAAAUAUUCUUGUCUUGA